AUGUUUCCUCCAGAAUUCGUAUUCGGAACUGCGACGGCCGCGUACCAGGUGGAGGGAGCGGCACGGGAGGGGGGUCGGGGCCCCAGCAUAUGGGACGAAUUUUCGCACACGCCAGGCAAGACACUAAAUGGUGACACGGGAGAUGUGGCAUGCGAUCAAUACCACCGCUACAAGGAGGACAUCGCUCUGAUGGUGAACAUGGGGAUGAAGGCCUACCGCUUCUCCAUAUCAUGGUCACGCAUCAUGCCCUCUGGGCGGCUGCCUGUGAAUCCCGAGGGGGUGGCGUAUUACUCUGCGCUCAUCCAAGCACUGCUGGACCACGGCAUCACGCCCUACGUGACGCUCUUCCAUUGGGACCUCCCUCUCACCCUCGAGAAGGAGUUUGGCGGAUGGAGGAGCCCCGAAAUAGUACCCUGCUUUCGCACCUAUGCUGACACCUGCUUCGCGCUCUUCGGCCGCUCUGCACCGCACUGGAUCACUCUAAACGAGCCGCUCUGCUUCACGCUGUGCGGGUACCAGUGGGGCAUUCACGCGCCUGGGCGCUCCUCCAACCGCCUCAUCUUCCCCCAGGGAGGCAACUCGGCCAGGGAGCCAUACGUGGUCAUGCACCACCUGCUGCUCGCACACGCUGCUGCUGUUGACGCUUUUCGACUAAGGUUUGGGUCCCACAGUGGCAUGAGCAUAGGGCUGGCAGUGGAUGGGGAGUGGGCGGAGCCUCUCACCUCCUCGCCUGCUGAUGUGCAAGCAGCAGAGAGACGCAUGCAGUUCCAGCUUGCAUGGGUGCUAGAUCCGCUCUUUUCAGGCGACUAUCCGGCAGUGAUGAAGCAGAGGGUGGGGGACCGCCUGCCCUCCUUCACACCGGAGCAGCAGCAGCAGCUCAAGGGGUCUCUGGACUUUGUAGCAGCAGGAACGAGCGCGGCUGGUGUGGUUCCGCUGCUGCCGCACGAGUCCCCUGCACUUGCUGCAAGUGCACAGGGCAGGGCGAGUGAGGAGAGUGGGGCGGCCGCUGCAGUAGUGUGCGGGGAGGAUGAGGGUGACCAUUUCAAAGACCAAGGUGUUGAGAUAUCCGCAUCACGAGAUGGCAUCCCCAUUGGAGAGCGGGCAGCGUCAGAGUGGCUGUACAUCGCGCCAUGGGGAUUCACAAGGCUCCUCAACUGGAUAACAGCGCGCUACAACCGCCCUCCCAUCCUCAUCACAGAAAACGGUAUGGAUGACGCCGAUGACGCACUCCCACCGUUGGAUUGGACUUCACUCUCCCAGACGCCCGUACGGGGAAUUCAGGGGAGUGGGUCUCAAGAGAAUGGAGCUGAGACCCUCCAGCAGCCUUAUGACUCGAUUCAGCUGCCAGCUGCUCUUGAUGACUGGAAGCGAGUCAGGUUUUACAAUGAGUAUCUUGGAGCCGUUGCCGAUGCCAUGAGGGAUGGAGCGGAUGUGAGAGGGUACUUCGCAUGGUCUCUUCUGGACAACUUUGAGUGGGCCAUGGGCUACUCACGCCGCUUCGGCAUCCAUUAUGUGGACUUCGCUCACGGGGGUGCUAGGUUCCCCAAGAGGUCGGCCCUCUGGUGGAGGCAUGUGCUGUGUGAGCCAGAAGAUUCAAUGACUGCUGCAGAAUGA